GGGUCGACGGCGAUGGGGCUCGCUGAGGAGGAAGAAGCGGGCGGACGGCGGCUUCGCGGCUGCUGACCCUCCGUGGGGAAGCGAGCGGGGGCGGGGAGGCCUGCGGUCCCGACAGGGCUGGGAGCAGCGGCGGCAAACAAGAAGGAUAAAUUGAAGAUUAUCAAAAUGAGCAGGAAGCCUCCACAUCGUCCCGGGAUCACAUUUGAAAUUGGUGCUCGCCUGGAAGCUCUGGAUUAUCUACAAAAAUGGUAUCCCUCACGCAUUGAGAAGAUAGACUAUGAGGAAGGAAAGAUGCUUGUCCAUUUUGAACGCUGGAGUCAUCGUUACGAUGAAUGGAUUUACUGGGAUAGCAAUCGGUUGCGCCCGCUCGAGCGGCCUUCGCUGAGGAAAGAGGGCCUAAAAGAUGACGAAUUUAUUGAUUUUAAACCAGGAGAAGAGGUUCUGGCUCGUUGGACAGAUUGCCGAUACUACCCUGCAAAAAUUGAAGCAAUUAACAAAGAAGGAACCUUCACUGUACAGUUUUAUGAUGGAGUGAUUCGGUGUCUCAAAAGAAUACAUAUCAAAUCCAUGCCAGAGGAUGCCAAGGGGCAGGCGCGCGAGAGGCAACAGAUAGCACCGGAGCUGAGAUUAGUGACGGAUAACGAGCCACGUGAAGAUUGGAUAGCUUUGGUCAAAGCCGCCGCAGUGGCAGCCGCGAAAAACAAAACAGGAGUUAAGCCACGGACAAGCGCAAACAGUAAUAAAGACAAAGAGGACAGAAAGUGGUUUAAAGUACCUUCAAAGAAGGAAGAGACCUCAACCUCAGCAAUUGUCCAGAAAGUCCAGAAGAAAGAAGAGCAGCCCACAUCCAGCGAGACAUUUGGAUUUCCUCUGGUGGAUGUCCCAAAGAUUGCCUUUGUACAGGCGGAGAACGCAUUAGCACACAAGAGGAAAAACAAUCUAGGCAACUCAUUUCAAGCAAAGAGGGCUCGUCUGAACAAGAUCACCGGAUUGUUGGCAUCCAAAGCUGUCUGGGCUGACGGUGCUGAAAAGAAAGAAGACCGCAAAGAAGCAGCUCCAGUCUUGGAGCAGGUAUGA